CCGUCUAUUGUGUUCCUACUAUGAUACUCGACUUAUUAUAAUUGGCAAUAUAAAAAAAAGUAAUUGUGUUCUUAAUUCAAAAUAAUGUAAUCAUAGAUUACUUAACUUUUUAAUUCGCGAGUGUCUGUGCUUACCGUGUUCUAUAUUUAAAAUGCGUAUGUAAUCUGCAAGUGUAUCACGUAAUGUGGGUCAGCAAAAGUAGUCAACAAUAGGUGUUCUGCAAAAAUGUAAUGGCCAGCAGAACUGUGAGGAAAGUAAAACGAAACAAGGGCAAAGAUUCCAAUAUUACUAACGUGUCUCUUGAAGAUUCUCUGCUUCCUGCCGUAGAAGUCACUCCGCCAGACAAAGAUAUGAAAAUUAAGAUAUUAAAAAAAAUUGCCGAACAGAAAAAUAACUCUAACAUCAAUGAAACUGAAACGAAAAGUUUUCCUCAAAAUCUAACUACAAACUCGAAAUCAGUGGACAAAAUGGCUGACUUUAGUGUGAACCAACUCAUAGCCGAAUUAUCAGAAAAUUCAAGAGCAUCGAAAGGCGAAAUUGAAAACAUACAAAGAAAGUUACUUCACCAAGCCAAUGAGAUAUUAAAAGUAAACGCUUUUGCAAACUCGCAAACUUUAACUGAGCCUCGCAUUAUAGAUACUAUGCAAAAAUAUGAAAAUAAACCAGUGUACGGCCGGAUUCCAGUAGUUGUACCUAGAAAUCCCAACGCAGCACCUCAAAUGGUUGUCGUAACAAAUCACCAAGAACGCAGGUUCGACGUUUCGCGCCAAAACCUGACUAGACCAAACAUGGCGGUCAUUCCGAAGGCCGACGACGCCCGUCGCGCGGACAAUCAACUUAACGACACCCAACUAGUCCCAGAGAGGCUCCAAGAAGUUUCCGCGCAAUUCCCCAUGGAUAAUACGGGGGCAAUGAUAAAUAGCGACCAGGGAAAUAUGCAAAGGGUCGCCUCGUCGUCGGUGGACGCGGGAAGAGGUGCUUUUUUCUACGAAACAGGUUCUGCUGCGAGUCGCCCGGCUGCCAGUGCGCGGGCCGCUCCGACAAGAGGUACGGUCGAGGCUGUGCCUCCGUACAGGAUGCCACCAGCCCCGGAGGCGGCUCUGCCGGGUGCUCCGGCGCCGUCCACACCUGCCGCACUUCACACGCACUCCGCAAAGUUUCCCAUAGAACGAGAAGUGAUAUUAUCAUCAGGUGACAAGAACUCCAAAGUUCCAAUACUACAAGAAGCCAGGAAGAGGGGCAGACUAGGAGCCGUAGCACCUGAUACUCCACCCAAAGCACUAUCAGCCUGGACCCACGCAGAGAACCAGCAAGCUGGGACAUCUGGCGACAACUACAGACAAUACCACGAGAAUUAUAACUACGCAAUGCAUCAAAACCAAAACCAAGGCGCCAUAUCUAGAAACGUUCAAGGCCAAUACGACUCACCCAAGCCUCCGAUUCCCGCAAAAAAUUACGGUCAAAAACCUGACACUCCAAAUAAUUCACAACUAAUAACGGUUACAGUCGAAACUGGUAAAGACAAUACGAGAGAUGCACCGAAAAGUAGCAAAUCCGUAAGCAAAACGUACCACACUUUAAAAGAUAUGAUAUCGAGCAGAUUCAAAAGUAAAGAAAGUAAUGAGAGUGAUAAAGGAAAUGAACAAGAAUCAGGAUUGAAUAACAGCGAAGAGAGAAAGAGGCCUGAACCUGAGCAGGUUACCCCAAGAGAUAAUAGUAACAGGAAGAUGGAACAGGGAAUCUAUGGUAGACCCGUCCCUCAUAAUAGGCCAGAUAUGCAGUACAACCACGUAAUACCUAACAACAAUAUGGCAUACCCUAGUCCUUCUCCACACAGACAAUUGAUGCAGCAACAAAUAGUCCAACAGCAUAUGCUUCUGAAUCAGCAGGCCAGGUCGCAAGAAAUGCUAGCCUCGACUCCACUUGCUCGUCAGUCCCAAGCUUUAGGAGCCGAUGCCUUGUACCAGCACUAUGGUCCGCCUGGUAGAAGAAGUGCAAUGUACCAGAGAGACAUCGAUGUUAGAUCUAUGGCUAACUUCACAUCCUUAAAGACUGGACCACAAACUCAGUUUGAUAAUUCACAUUCAAGACCAGACCUCAGAAGUCCACAACAGUUAGAAAGAGAAAUAAUAAGACAAAGAGGUUUAGUAGAAGGAAGACGGGCUGCGUCACAUCCACACCUUUUAGAUGAUCCCCAACCAAGAGCGGAAGUGACAACACCACAAAUACAUGACCGAUCUAGAAGAAACUCUCAUGGGAAUCUUCUCGAAGCAUCAUUAAAUGAUUCUGGUCCUCCAAAGAAUAUUUGUGAUGAACGAGAGUCAGAUGAUGGAGGAUUUAGAUCAAGAUUAGUUGCGCAAGGUAGAUCUAGCUUCGAAGAGAGAAUCCGCACUAGUGGAAGAUCGAUUGAAUCGCACAGACAAGAAAGACUUCAAGAAAAUGUGUAUAGAAGAACGCCCGAAAUACAAAAAGAGCGAAGAACACCGGACUCGUUGAGACCGAAACAAAAAGAAGAAACUAUAGUAUCAAGUCAAGUGGCAGAGAGGAAUGAUGAGAGUGCAAGUCAGAAGUCUGCUGAUAGUGUAUAUAAUUCUGCUACAAAAGCAGAAACUUAUAAUCCUCAGCCAUCAUCAUCAAGACAGACUCCGAGUAGGAUAGAAGAUUUAAAAAGUCAUGGAAAGAAAGGGGCAGGCUCUGGUGCUAGUUCAGACUAUGAUAAAAACGGCGGUCAAUCGUCUAAUGUGGACUCUGGUCGAGGCAGUGUGGCUUAUUCGAGUGGCAGAAGACCAGAAGCCAGUCUACAUGACACAUCAGCUGAUUCUGAUGCCAUAGGCCCUUCGAGGACACAACCACAGCCUGGAACUAGUCAACAGCCUCCUGGACAAGCUGGUGAAAACGAGUGGGCGGAUUUAGUAGAAUGUGAACUGCGGCAGAUACUGGAACCGAAACUGGCCGGCAUGAGGCUCGAUUCUUCAGGAAGUUCUGAUAGCUCUGUGACCCCACCACUGCCUCCAUUGUCUCCAUCCUCUGAUAUGCACAAACGAAAUAGUCUUCCAGGUCGUGCCUCUGAAUAUCCUGAGGAGAGGAGACGCGGACGUGACUCCCCGCGCUGGCACUCGCACAAGAAACACUCAUCAAAACGUGACAACCAUUAUAAGAAGCAUUUAUUCGGAUUGGACACAACGGACAUGACAUCAACAACUACACGCAGCCUGGAUCUCUCUUCACUGCUAGAUGGCAGGACAGACAGCGACGCGUCUACUGGAGACGCGAGGGCCAUCAGGAGACAGCUUCGAGGACUGGAGAACAUGUACGCUGAAGUGCUGCAACUACUGGGAGUAAGGAAGCCCGCCAGUCUCGCGAAACAACCCACUUGGGAGUCCAGAUUAUCAUCUAAGCGUCGCUACGGGAGCAUGUCAUCUCUACCAUCGAGUUCAGUGAGCAGCAGACCAGUCCGUGAUAAAAGACGCAGCUCUAAUGAUCACAGAAAGAAACACGACCUCAAGGGCAUUAACAAGCGGUUCCAGCGGCUUGAGUCCCACGUGGUGACCUUAGCCAGAUCGGUGGCACAUCUAUCCAGUGAGAUGAGGACGCAGCAUCUCGUAAUGCAGGAGAUGGACAACAUCCGCGCGGAGAUCGCCGCGUUACGCCACAUGUACAAGUCACAACAGCACAUCCGUUCAGGCCACCACAGACACUCCGACCCGUACUCAUUCAGCAACCCUGACCGAGUGAAGCGACUCACCAAAUUCUUCGGAGACGAACCACCACUCAUGAGGCUGUUCUUGAAGAAACUCGGAUACGAGAAAUACGCAGCGCUUUUGGAAAAAGAGAAAGUUGGUGCAGCAGAGCUACCAUAUGUUGGUGAAGAUAAACUACGUGCUUUGGGCGUGCCGCUAGGUCCCAGGAUGAGGAUACUGAAGGAAGCAGGCGUACACCAGGAAUUACACAGACGGGAUGACGCCCACAAUACAACCACCACAUUAGCUAUUGUCUAAUUAGCAUAUCAUUCACAAAUUAAUUAAUUAGUGAUAAUAAAAUUUAAUUAUUUACAAAUAAUUAAACAGUUACCUAUUAUUUAAUUGAUUAAUGAAAUUUAAUUAAUUAUUUAAUGAACUUUAAUUAUUUUAAUUAAUUAAUUUGUGAUGAUAUCACAUGCCUAGUUAUCUAGCUGUAUAUAUAUUUGUAUCACCAGUUGAGAUCAUUUUUUUAUUUUUAAUAUGUAUGUAGACGACUAGACAUCAUACAAUUCUAUUUAUCAUCAAUAAGGAAGUAAUUACUUUACAAUUAAUCAAUUAUACAAAAACUGUGAUCAAAAAUAAACGACUGAUAAAAUAAAGUUCAGAAAACUGUAAUUUUUAGUAAUCAAUAAUCGUCGUAUAUAUAAAUUAACUUAAGUACAUGUGAGGCAACUGAAAAUUAAAUUUAUAUUUAAAUUUAAUUUUCAGUUUGAAAUAAUCACAUGUAUUUAUGGAACAUUAUGUGUUAAGUAUAUCUAUGUAAGUAUAAUGAAGUACAUACUAUUAAAUAUUUCAAAUUCAAUAUAUUAUGGGAUCGAAUUUACUGUGGAUAUAUUUAGGACCAUUUUUAUUUUUCAGUAAUAUCCCGCCAAAAACUUCUAGUGUUAAUACUCAAUUUGCAUAAGUAGGUAUUAGAGUUUAGAUUAAAGGUAAUCGAUAUAAUGAUAAAUACCUAAAUAAUGCAGUGGUAUUAUAACAAAUGAUCGAAUAAUCGAAAGAUGAUACUCGUGAAUACAUGUUUAAAAGUAUUAAUACUCAAAUAAUUACGUAGAUAAAUAUUUUAAGAACUGGUUAAAAAAAUAAAUAACACAAAUAAUUCGCGUUUCUUUAUAGGAAUAUCCGAAAAAAAUACUCGUAUUUUUUUGUACAUAUUCGAAUAAAAAAUAAAUAUUAUUUUUUUAUCAUAGUCAUUCAAUAAUUCAUAUUCUCUGUGGUAAACUACAACGAAAUAUAUUCUAAUUAUUAGCUUAAGUAUUUUAUAUUCACUAUGGUCUAAAGGUAAUUAAUUAUGGAAAUAAAAAAUAUUCCAUUAUUUAUAAAUAUAUUUCUAAUAAAAACAUUUUACAUUCAAUUCUCAUUCAUAAAUUAUUGUACAAACUAAUUCAUAAAAAUUGGAGAAUAUUAUCUUAUUCUAAUGUCAUUAACAGUUUCCACUUAUGUACCUAGAUGGCGUUAGUGAACAAUUUAAAAAUUGAUGUUAAAUUUCAUCAUGUCACAUUAAAAUAGUAAUAAAUAAAUAAAUAAAUAGAAGUAGCCAGAGACAUUUGCAACUAUUGAAACAUUAUGAUCCUCUAUCAUAGGUUUCCAAUUUAGACUGCCAAUACUUUAUGAUUGUGUUCUUUAUAAUUAGGGUAUUAAAUAGGAAUCUAUAGUAAUAUUAUAAUAAGUAUUUUAAUUUGUAAAAAGAAUUACAGGCAGUUUUCUUUUUUUUUGUAAGUCAGUUUAAACCAGUUGGACACUGAUCACUCAACUGUUGCAAGAAAAACUAAAUAGAAACUCAGAUCAGUCUAAAAAUAUAUUAAUGUGUUUAAUAAAAUUUUGAACAUUUUACUUAUAUUAAAAUUUAAAAAUUAAGUCUUCGACUACAUUGUGUUAUUGCAUAAUUCCAACAUAAAUGUCCAAACCAUACUUAAAAAAAACUCUAUAAUUGUCUUUAGUCCAUUGUCAGAUGUCCGCCAUUUUGCAAUGAUAAUUUUAUUUUAAAAAGCGCGGGCUGACUGCGAGCGCGGUCUUUCGCGUUCUCUUUGUCUACAUUUCAUGCUCACUCUUUCUUUCUUGGAAGAGUGUAGAGAUAAAGGUAACUAUUACCACAG